AUGACUGAGUACGAUGAAAAGGUGCACACAGUCUACGAGGAGCGCCAGUCCUCGGUGCACACGGCCCAGAAUAUCGACAAGAUCGAAGCACCCAUUUCUUGGAAGGCCUACCUAAUCUGCGCGUUUGCCUCGUUAGGCGGUAUUUUAUCCGGCUACGACUCGGGUUAUUUGAGCAGCGUUCUCGGCCAGCAGCCGUUUAUCGAUGCCGUUAUGGGCCCUGGUCAACCCUUCCUUUCGAGGAUCAGUAUAAGCCUUCUCUGCUAUAUCCCUGUUUGCGGUACCUUCUUUGGCGCAAUUAUAGGUGGUGAUGUUGCCGACUGGAUCGGCCGUAAGUGGACUAUUAUUAUCGCCUGCUUCGUCUACCUAUUUGGGGUUAUCCUCCAGAUGACUACGAGCCCGGGUAACGCAAUGUGCACUAUGGUCACCGGCCUUAUUUUUUCCAGCUUUGGUAUGGCCAUUGUGUCGGCUAUUGUUAUCCUAUACUUAUCGGAGAUUUGCCCUCGUAAGGUUCGCGGUACUAUUGUCGCUGGCUAUCAGUUCUGCAUUACUAUCGGCGACUUGCUAGCCUCGGUUGUAAGCUAUGCUAGCCAGGAUUAUACAACUACAGCUGCCUACCGCGUCCCUAUCGCCAUACUAUUACCUUGUGCUUUAAUUAUUGGUAUCGGUCUCCUCUUUAUGCCCGAAUCGCCUCGCUACUUUAUUAAGAAAGGAAUGGUCCAGAAGGCUACUAGCGCCCUAUCUAGGGUCCGUUGCCAGCCCGAGAGCUCCAAGUAUAUCCAGAGAGAAAUUGCCGAAAUUAUUACGAACGAGGAGUAUGAGAGCGCCCUUAUUCCCUCGACUACCUGGUUCGGCAGUUGGGCCGACUGCUUUAAGGGUAGCAUAUGGAAGUCUAGCUCGAACCUACGACGUACUAUUCUCGGCACCUCCCUCCAGGUGAUGCGGCAAUUAACGGGCGCUAGUUUUAUUUCUGCAUACUCAAGUUUCUUUUUUAUGUCGACUGGCGCUAUUAGCAACGGCUUUAUUAUCUCCCUUAUCUUUACUCUUAUCAAUAUCUGCUCUACCCCCCUAUCGUUCUGGACCGUUGAGCGCUUCGGCCGCCGUACGAUUCUUAUCUGGGGCGGUUUAGGUAUGGUUAUCUGCCAGUUCCUUAUCGCUAUUAUCGGCGUUACCGUUGGCUUUGACUUUACGAUUCCCGACCCGGCCGACCCCUAUAAUAGCCUCGCUAUUAAUGUUCCGGCUGUUAACGCCCAGAUUGCCUUUUUCGCCAUCUUUACCUUCUUAUUCGCCUCGACUUGGGGUCCUUGUACGUGGGUCGUUACCGGCGAGAUCUUCCCCCAACAUAUCCGCUCGCGUGGCGUUGCCCUAUCUACUGCCUCUAAUGAGCUAUUGGAUGGCGUUAUGGCCGUUAUUAUACCACGCCUGGUUCCUUUUGGCCCAGGUAGCCUCAAGUCGUCCAUCUUCUUCGUUUCGGGUAGCUCUUGUAUCUGCGCCUUAGCCUACGCCUACUUCCUUAUUCCUGAGACUAAGGGCCUAUCCCUCGAGCAGGUCUGCAAGAUGAUGGAGGAGUGUUCCCCCCGCCGGUCGGUAAAGUGGAGGCCGCAGAAGACCUUCGCCCGCAGUAUAAGCAGCAGCGAGAUUUUUGAUAAGAGCCUCCCUCCGACCCCCAGCUACGCGCCAUAUUAG